GUCCAGAAAGUAACUGUCAAUCAUUCUUAAAGGGGAAGGCCUCCAAUUAAUAACCUUGUCUUAAUCCUUUGGACUCAUUUCCAAUCUGCGGUGCCUUGGUGACAUCUGCAACACUAAAUAAAGAUUCUCCCGAGCCUUAGCACGGCGGUUCUGUGACAAAUAAGAAGACUAGAGGCAACUUUGGCUGCCAAAGCUGCGAGAUUGGUGAGCUUGAGCCGCUUGUUUGGUUCCCAGGAGGGACCGGCAAAGUUAAAUACUCCUGGAAAAGCCGAGUUGUGCCCAGCAGGUGCAGAGCUGCGCAAAUGAGAAGCAGGUGUCACCAUGUUCCUGAAUAAGUGUGAGGGGGACCUGGGUGAGCUGCGGAAGCCAGGGGACGGUGAGGGCACCCCAGCAGCUGCCACUGAGGAGGAGCAGCCCAAGAAGAAGCACCGCAGGAACCGCACCACCUUCACCACCUAUCAGCUGCAUGAGCUGGAGCGCGCCUUUGAGAAGUCUCACUACCCUGACGUCUACAGCCGCGAGGAGCUGGCCAUGAAGGUCAACCUGCCGGAGGUCCGCGUGCAGGUCUGGUUCCAGAACCGACGAGCCAAGUGGAGGCGGCAGGAGAAGAUGGAGGCCAGCUCCAUGAAGCUCCAUGACACCCCUGUGCUCUCCUUCAACCGGCCUCCCAUGACACCCAACGUGGGGCCCAUGAGCAACUCCCUCCCGCUGGAUCCAUGGCUGACAUCCCCCAUCUCCAGCGCCACCACGGUCCACAGCAUCCCUGGCUUUAUGGGAGCCCCCCAGGCCCUGCAGCCCCCGUACGGAGGGCACUCCUUCCUCAACACCCCCCCACCAAUGGCACAGGGCAUGCAGCCCAUAGCCCCCACGCCCUACCAGUGUGGCACCACCUUUGUGGACAAGUACCCGCUGGAGGAGGUGGACCAGAGGAGCUCCAGCAUCGCCUCGCUUCGCAUGAAAGCCAAGGAGCACAUUCAGACCAUUGACAAGACCUGGCAGCCCAUUUGAUGAACGCUCCCCUCCAGCCCCGCUGGUCCCUGCCUCCUGCUCCCAGCACCGGUUCGGCCCUGGGGUGGGUGAGGGGGCGAAGGCGGGGUGCUCAGUAGGAUCAAAGCAGGCACAGGGCACAGGCCAGGCUGCAUCUUCCUUCUGCCAAGGCGGUGCUGUGGCUGGCAGGGGAGGGAGACAAGGUGCUGGUGGGACCCCACCACAGGGCAGGCACUCACAGCCCCUCUGCCUUGCCGAGGCACCGGCCCGGGCUGAGGAUCUGACCACGGCUUGGGCAUCCCACCCUGCUGCUGGGUCACCCACUGCUCCUGGUGGGACACCUCCUUUCCCCAUGCCCU